AGCAGUUCGUUUGAAUUAACAUCUAUACUGCUCACCAAUGUAAAUUCAAACUUGGAAUAAAUAACUUCAAUCUAAAGCUUGGAAAGUAGGUCCAAGAUCAGCCGCGGUAUACUAAACCCCAAAUCUGAGGCACUAGACCACGAAACUUUGAUUAAAUUAUCGACACAAGAUUUACAACCAUGGAGUUACCUUGGGCAGAGCCAUAUAAAAUAAAAAUGGUGGGAGAAAUUUUUAUGUCUACCCGAGCACAGCGCGAACAAUGGAUAGAGGAUGGAGGCUACAAUCUAUUUAAUCUGUCUAGUGAUCACGUUUACAUAGAUUUGCUGUCUGAUAGUGGCACAGGUUCCAUGUCUGAUAAACAAUGGGCGGAAAUAAUGUUAGGCGACGAAAGUUAUGCAGGCUCUCAGUCUUAUUUAAAACUAAGAGAAGUGGUACGAAACACUUUUGGAUUUCACUAUUUUCUUCCCACACACCAAGGGCGCGCAUCUGAAAAUGUAUUGUUUAGCGUUUUAGUGAAGGCCAAGAAUGUGGUUCCAGGUAAUUCCCAUUUUGACACGACAAAGGGACACAUUGAAUUCCGGAAUGCGCAUGCAGUGGAUUGCACAAUCUCCGAGGCUUUUGACAUCGACAAUUUACAUCCAUUUAAAGGGAAUAUUGACUUGGCGAAAUUGGAGGAAGUGUACAAAGCGCAUCCGAAAGAGAAUAUUCCAUUUUGUUUGAUCACAGUGACGUGUAACUCUUCCGGUGGACAACCGGUUUCAAUGGAAAAUAUCAAAGCGGUAAAGGCUCUGUCACGUAAGUACGACAUUCCGGUGUUUGUUGAUGCGUCUCGAUUUGCCGAAAAUGCUUAUUUUAUAAAAGAACGCGAAGAAGGUUAUCAACAAAAAAGUAUCAAAGAAAUCGUCAAAGAAAUGUUUUCCUAUGGCGAUGGAUUUACUAUGUCGGCGAAAAAAGACGGAUUGGUUAACAUCGGUGGCCUUUUGGGAAUGCGUGACGAGUCUUUGUACCGCUCCUGUGAGUCUAUGUGUAUUUUCUACGAAGGAUUCACGACCUACGGUGGAUUAGCUGGUCGUGACUUAGCAGCUUUAGCGCAGGGCCUGUUGGAAUGCACAGAGUUCACCUAUUUGAACGCACGCAUCAAUCAAGUUGAAUAUUUAGGUAAAAAACUCAUAGAAUUUGGAAUCCCAAUCCAAAAGCCAAUUGGUGGCCAUGCCAUUUAUGUGGAUGCUUUGUCCUUUUUACCAAACGUACCUCGAGAAGAAUAUCCGGCACAAACAUUAGCAAUCGAACUAUACAAGGAAGCUGGCGUUCGCGGGUGUGAGAUGGGAACUUUAUUGGCAGAUCGUGAUCCGGAUACGCGUUUGAACCGUUACCCUGCACUGGAAUUAUUCCGUUUGGCAAUUCCGAGACGAACUUACUCGUACAAGCAUUUAGAUUAUGUGGCGGUAGCGUUGAAAAAUGUUUACGAUCGACGAAACAACAUCAAUUCCGGAUUGGAAAUCGUUUGGGAAUCAGAAAUUCUGCGACAUUUUACUGUCUUGUUUAAACAAAAGAAAUAAAUUGUUACAGACACUGUCGUGAAAAUUUUCAUUUUCUUUUU